CUGCCGUGGCGGCUGGGGGUUGCAGACCAGCGCUGUGGAGCAGGAGGGACAGCCGAGUGGCGCCGCUGAUCCUGACUGUCCCAUAUUUUAAAACCUGGCUGGAAAUUGUCUUUGAGAAAGGAUCCCUCCCCACCCCCACCUCCCCUACGGCACAAACAGAAAUCGAGGUGUGACGCAUUCCCAGACCGUCCCCCAAACUCAACACCAGCAACUUCUCUGUGACUGGGUCCAGAUAAAGGUCCUUUCAAGACUGACGGCACUGGAUCUACUCCACCAGGUCUUCCUGACCCUACCGUAUCACUGUAGUGUUACUGGCGAGACUGCCCGCACCAACAGAAGACUCACCGGAUCCACCAGCGCAUCUUUCACCAAGCAUCUUACCAGCAGAGCACAGCCUCUGCGUGAUUCUGCCUCCACUGACACUGGACAGGAAAAGGCAUCCGGCUUGGAUUAGAGGCCUGGCUUUCUUUUGAAGGAGCUAUUGUGAUCUGUGCUGCUAGUAAGUGACUGACGUGUUGUAGACUGGACUGGUCCCUGAGUACAGAGACUGAGUUGCAAUUGAGUGAAGAAUAAACAAGAUCUCGAAGAACAGCACUAAGGUGCAAGCCAGGUUCAGCAGUCCAGUGUUGCUGCACUGACAAGUGGCUAAAGGAAACUGUAACGGGACUGAUUGUCGCUUACUGCUUUCCUCUCUGUCAUUGUUGCUUUUUGUUCCAUUGCUUUGUGUUGUCUUUCUAAGCCCAGAUGUUCUCUGAUAAUUCACACUGCCCUGAUUGUGGGCAGCAGUGGUUCCCUAGUUUAGAACUAGGCCACUGGUUGUACCAAACUGAACUUGUUGAAAAUGAAUGUUACCAAGUGUUCUUAGACCGUAUUAACAGGGCUGAUUAUUGCCCUGAAUGUUACCCUGACAAUCCUGCUAACAGAAGCCUUGUUCUGCCUUGGUCUUUCCCACUUGAGUGGGCACCUCAGAAUCUCACCAGGUGGACCUUUGAGAAAGCUUGCCAUCCAUUUCUUCUGGGCCCUCCACUGGUUAGAAAAAAGAUACAUGACUCCAGGGUAGCUGGGUUUAAUCCUGCGUUACAGUUAAUCUUGAGCAGAACAGACAAAACCUUAAACAAGAAACUUGGCCAAAGCAAAUGACUUCUGUAACAGAAUCAUGGAGACUUUCAAGGGCUUUGUGUUCAUAGCCUAGUGGAGGAGAAGAAUUAACUUGUUUCUGUUUUCCUUCUCUUUUUCUUUCUUAAUUUUUUUUAAGGUGCUGGGGAUUGGAUCUGGGUGCCUUGUGCAUGCUAGGCAAGUGCCCUUCCACUGAGUUAAAACCAAGGCUCCCCUUUCUAAGGCUGACUCAGACUGCUGUCACUACUCUGUCAACUGCUUCAAUCGUUGGAUCUGCUUCUGUGGUCUAUGCAUAUUUUAGCAUAAAUUUAGUUGAAAUGGCAGCCAGUGUAUUUACCUAGACCCAGACUAACCUAUAGCCCCUAUAAAUGCUUUAGAACUACCUGGCCCCUCCUGAAAAUUGCCACAGCCUAAGUAUUGACAAGAUAAUGUGGUCCUAGCAGGGAGGCCCCAUGGUGUAUGCCUCAUUAAGUGUUUUUCUAUCAGUACCUGUUAUGAGAACAUGUUCUUGUAGCUGGAUUCUAGAUUAUUCUAAUAAAUUUUAAUACACUACAUUGUUCUAAUUUUCUCUAAUAUAUUGAUCAAUAAUGAGAGAUGUGUGUAUGUACAUGUAAAUUUUUUUCAUAUAGAUAACCAUUCUUUGACACUGUUUUAUCCUCAGUGUAAGUAUUACAGUGUUGAUAACUGGUCCUGUCACAUACUAUUUGGCAAUACCUACACAGGUUGCAAAAGAUGUGUUAAUGCUACCAGUUUACAAUUACUCGUCUCUAUAUAACCAAAGACUGUCUUGUCUUGUGGUGACGGAACUCAAUGGCCUCCCCCGGAAGGGGAAUUUAUAACAGAUGAUAAAGCUUGACUCCAUAUAAUUGAAGAAUAAUUUAGACCUAGUGGAUGCUCUGUCUUAGACAUAAGAAUGUGCUGUUGAACCUCAGCCACGUUCUAGAAUUCAUUUGGAGUUAAGCAGCUUAGACGAAGCCCCUGGAAACAUCCAAGAAGCCACACUGAACAUUUAAAAAAUUCCAGGUGAGCCAGUGCCUGUGUAGAAGCAGAAAUGUCAAGGACCCGGGUUCUUCUCUUUCCUCUCUGGGGUCUUUAUAGUCUCUGUUCUCGUGACAGUUUUUAAAUGGGUUCAGUAUGGUUUGUUGUGCCAGAUAUUUCCAUUGCAACCAGAAGCAGGGGGCACCUGGCUUGCUUUCUUACACGUCUUAAUUUGGAAAUAAAAUCUUCUUAAAGCGA